AUGAAGUGCUUUGUUGACCUGACUGUUUUAAGAGGAAGGUUAAAAGGCGAGCUGAGAUUCCCGAAAGCGUCCACAUUUAUUCUUUCUGAUGCAAGAAAGCUUGGAUUAAAUGAGGUCGAUUUUGGUUGGGGAAAUCCGGUUUACGCUGGGCCGGCAAUAGCUGAUAAGCAGCCUUUACACGGAAUUGUUAGCUUUGUAUUGCCAAAGUCGAAUAAACAAGGGGUGAAAGGGAUGGUUGUCCCGGUUUGCUUACCAGAAGCUCCCAUGGAAAGGUUUAGUGAAGAGAUCAACAUGACGGUGAAAGGCCCUGUGUUGGGGGAACUAUGA